UCGCUGGUUUUCCCGCCAUUUGAUUGAUCGCAGUGUCCGCCAUGGCCGUCGAGAAAGCCCUAAUUCUCCUCCGAGCCAGGCUCUGCGACCCAACCUACGUCCACGCCGCCUUCAAAUCCUGCCCUCAGAGCAAUUACAGCAAGUUGAAGCUCCUCAUUGCCAGCUCCAUGGCCGAUGCCUACAACAACUCUGCCCUUCUUCUCGGUCCCCGGGGAUCUGGAAAAAUUGCGGUAGUUGAUCUGGUUCUUGAAGACUUGAAGGCCGAACACCCCGACACGAUUUCUGUGAUCAGAUUAAGUGGGCUUUUGCAUCAUGAUGACAAUUGCGCACAUAAGGAAAUUGCUAGGCAAUUAUGCUUGGAACACCAAUUACUGUUCUCUAAAAUGGCCUCAUCUGAUGAUAACUCCCAGUUCAUGAUUGACAUGAUGCGGGAGUGUGGAUUAGCUCAUAAAUCAAUUGUUUUUGUGCUGGAUGAGUUUGAUCUUUUUGCUCAGGGUAAGCAACGAUUACUUUAUAGUUUGCUAGAUGCAAUGCAAACUCUGACUUCGCAGGCUGUAGUCAUUGGUGUGAGUUGUCGAUUGGAUGCAGACCAACUUCUUGAAAAAAGAGUUCGAUCUAGGUUCUCCCACAGGAAGCUACUUUUUGUUCCUCCUUCAAGAGAAGAAAUAAAAAGAUUGCUGGAAUAUAUACUAUACCUGCCACAAGAUUCAGGUCUCCCUUCUAAAUAUAUUACAGAAUUCAACUCAAGGGUUCAAAAUAUUCUAAAUGACAAAAAUUUCGACAAAAUCCUCGAUUCCCUCUUGGAUGUUGAUGGAACAGUCAGCAACUUGGUGCAGUUUCUAUUUCGGGCUGUGUCUUUCAUUAAUUUGGAGUCUGGUUUGCUAUCACUGGAUAACUUCAAGAAUGCACAGAUCUGCAACCAGAGGCAACCAAAGACUGACAGCCUGCAUGAUGUCUCAAUUCUGGAGCUAUACAUUCUAGUGUGCAUGAACAGAUUGGAGAGAAAAGAACAGGACUUAUACAACUUCAAUUCUGUGAUGAAAGAGUAUAAAGCUAUACAUGACGCCUAUAAGACCUCUGACAGUUAUGAACUCAGUGUGUGCCUGAGGGCUUUUGAACAUCUUUUAGAACGAGAAUUGAUCAGUUUUGUUGAAUACAAGGGACGGAACCUCUCUAUAGAAUUUCGACCGGUGAAGCUUUUGAUUUCACCUCGCGAACUUUAUCUGGGUUUGAAGUCAAACUCUUCAUGCCCUGCUAUCCUUCAAAAAUUGUUCGAUCAUGAAAGCUUCAAAUAGCAGGAUGACGGUGUUAUCAUUCAGUUUUGUGCUGCUGCUUCACUGGAAGAUCGACUCUUCUUUGUUUAUAAUGGUGUUGUAUCAGAUUGGAAAGACCGUUGCAGAACCAAUCAAGGUGCCAUUUUUGCUGAGAACUUUAAGAAUGGGCCACCAUGAGUGUGUGAUAUGUCUUUAUUCAUAUAUGACAAAAUCAGUUGCUAUUCGAAUUACAAAGAACCAAGAUGUCAUUUUUGAUAGAGAGAGUUGAUGCCUGCAAACUUCUGAACCUCGAGAAAUCGUGUAUGUUGCUUUGCUUUUCUUAAUGAAAUCGAAAUACAGUGAA